AUGAAGGGUAGUAUAAGUAAUUCUGAAUGCUCAAAAACAACCCUCUCAAACCAAAACAACGGCGAAAGUGAGAGCGGAGAGAAUGAUGACGAUCAAAUUAGUAAGCCUAACAAGAACAAUGGAGGAUUAAGCUCGAGCAACAGCACGGUGGAGGAGAGUAGUGAGAAGAAAUCGUCAGUACGGCCUUAUGUUAGAUCCAAGGCGCCAAGGCUCCGGUGGAUGCCCGAUCUUCAUCUCCGUUUUGUUCAUGCUGUGGAGAGGCUCGGUGGACAAGAGAGAGCAACCCCAAAAUUGGUUCUUCAGCUGAUGAACAUCAAGGGAUUGAGUAUUGCCCAUGUCAAGAGCCAUUUGCAGAUGUAUAGAAGCAAGAAGAUUGAUGACGCCGGCCAAGUACUAGCCGAUCAUAGGCAUCUUGUGGAAUAUGGAGACAGAAAUAUUUACAACCUCAGUCAACUUCCUAUGCUUCAAGGAUACAAUCAAAGACAUAAUUCCAGCUUCAGAUAUGGAUUCGACGACCCUUCUUGGAGUUCUUAUGGAAACUUGAGACAAUAUCCCAGAUCAGAUGGAUUUUAUGGCACCACAAUCUUUGGUAGCACUACAACUAGCAACUGGAGUAGUACAAUUCCUUGCAGCUUUCCCACAAGGAAUAAUACUAUUUCCUCUUUGAUCACCGAGAACUCAGCUUGGAAAACUCAUAAUAAACAGAAGAAUGAUCACCAAUCUCCCCGCCCUCAAACCCGAUUAAGUAUCCCAAAUGAUCUCAAUGCUGUAAAACAUUUGCAAGCUGUUAAUAAUGCUCCUAGAGAAUCCGAUUCGGUAACUACUAUACAAGAACAAAGCAAGAAUUUGAAGAGGAAGGCUUCAGAUUGCGGCGAAAACCUUGAUCUAGAGCUGUCUCUUAGGCUAACUUCAAGAAAUAAUGUUAUGGAUCAUAAAAAGAAGGAAAGAAGUGCUUUUGGAGAGGACGAAGUUGAUAGUAGUUUGUCUCUGUCAUUGUCAUCGAAUCCCUCCUCAAAGCCAAUUAGAAGGUUGAAGGAACAAGCUGCUGAUAGUAGUUGCAAGGAGAUGAACGGAAAGAGAACAAGUACUCUGGAUCUGACUAUAUGA